AUGGCUUGGGAGCUAACUGGACCUGAAUUCGAGCACUCUUUUUACGUUGGAAAUUACAUGAGUGCUGUCCUCUACGGGAGAGAGAAUGUGGAUCACACCCCGCGAUGCCUCAGGUGGUGUCCCAGCCUAUACAUGGCAGAAGUGUCCGUAUGGUAUCAGACUAUGGGAUCCACCUCCGUUGUCGCGAUGGUAUUACUGGGCGAUGCACUCAUGCUCUACCGAUUGUUCGUUAUCUAUGGAUCAAGGUAUUGUGUGAUUGCGCUUCCUAUCCUCAUGUAUUUCGCCGCCUUCGCACUGGCUAUCCUUGAGCUCGUCUUGGCCGCCAACCCAGGUCGAGACUUCUUCCAUGGAAAUAAUAUCAACUUUGGGACACCCUACUUUAGCCUGGUUAUCGCUCUGAACCUCAUCAUCACUGUCCUCAUUUGCGCACAUAGCGCCAGGACGUACACCGGCAUUGCUUCGAUGCUGAUCGAAUCCGCUGCUCCAUACAGCCUCGUUGGCAUUUUAUUCUUGACCUUCUACGCCGUUGGUAGCAUGACGGCUAUCUCGAGUGCAUUUGGGCAGGUAUGGGCCAAGCUCGCAUGCACAUCUCCCCAGCUUAUCGCCCUUCGUGUUGUCACUGGUCGUGCAUGGGGAAGAGAAGUUAUAACCCAAGCGCAGAGCAGUCUCAAUUUCGAGAUGCGCUCGACCAGUGGAGCGGUUGUUGUCGACCCUGGCGAUACUCACAUUUUCAUCAAUGCGAGUACUUCACUUGUGGCUCGCCCCAAGCUCGCGUCUCUCCCUCGCCACCACAUCGCCUCUGCCUUUGCGCAAAUUCCAUUGGUGAACAAAAUGGAUUCACCGACACCUUUCCUCAGUGACGAAGCCAUCGGCGCCAUGAGCGAGGACGAAAUGCGUCAGACACUAGGCAAAAUGCGAGAGGAGAUCGCGAGGCUCAGCCUGGAGAGAGCCACAUUGUUGAAGAAAAUUGAACGGAAGCAACGGAAAUUGGAGGAGAUAGACGACCUUGAGGAUACCAGUAGUAAUCCCUCGAGUGGGGAUGACGAAGAGACACAAAUUGACUACGAGAGCGUAAUGAAGCACGAUUUGGCAACACUGAAGAUGGAAGGGUGGAAGACAAGAGAUAUCUUGACGGAUGGCGACCAUAAGGCUCAACCAUCGACAUUUACACCGGAGCUACCUCCCGAAAUCUGGUACUCUAUAUUUGAACGCGCAAUCCCACCGAACUGGCUACUCGAUCCUUCGCUAUCCCUGGGAUACGAUUCUUCCUGUGUGGCCCUUCCUUUCCUUUACGAAGACAUUUGUAUUCGGCGCGUCCAUCAGUUCCUGACGCUGGUAGGGACCAUUCGAAAUUCGCCAUAUAAAUACGGCGGUCUCGUCAAGGCUUUGAACAUCCUUUGCUACGUGCCCGAAGUUUUCCUGAACCAGUUUACGAAGUACCUCACCACCCUUUUCUUCCUCUGUCCUCGACUAGAGAAAUUUGCCUGCACAUCAUUGAUCCCCCUUCCACAACAAGCUGUCAUCCCGAUGCCUCCUCAGUCCGUCAGCCGACUCCAAUUGUCGAGUGUUGCUUCAUGGGAGACGAUCAAGUCACUCUUGAAUGAAACGAGAACCACACUUACCUCCUUGUGGCUCCAAAUGCCGGAAACAGUUCCUGAACUUGUCCCAGAUUCGCCGAUAUCACUUUCACGCCUGUCGUCUUUAGUGCUGGAAUGCAAGCUUAACCCCGGAAAUCGCAGAGGACACGAUAUCAACUUCCUUCGCCGUCAGUUCGAUUUCCCUGGUCUCUCAAAAAUUACCUUGUGUCAGCUGACGGUGGGUGGCAUGGACGAGGGGGUAGGCGAUGCUGUUAUCGCCUUUCUUGAGCGCCACGGCGCCAGGCUGGUCUUCCUAAACCUGCAUCCCAGUUUCUCACUCCGUCUCCAAGACACGUUCUUCUACCGUCUGCUCCAUCUAAAAAAAAUCUCCCCGCACCUCGAGCGCUUUCUGAUGCCACUCUCUUUCGUCGCGAAGAACAAGGCUUGGUUGGAGCACUUCAGUCAUCCCAAGCUGCAAUGGCUCGACUUCUGCCAUCCCCCCAAUGCGAUUCCUGAUACCGGCGGAUUGUCAAACAUAUCACUUCUCCACGGAGAUCUCCCUGGGCUACGUGGCUCGCGGGUGCUGUCCUGCCUGCCCCAUGUCUCGUAUGAGUGGCUGCAAAUCUUUCCCCCUGAAGCCGUACGGACGCCCGACGAGUCCUUUGCCAUCAAUUUCUAUCCGAGCCAGCUCAUCCAUGCUGUUAACUACAUCUACUGGCUCCGCCCUCAGUGGGAUGCAGGCCGCUCUGGAUGGCGGUGCGAUGACCAGUUCGCGUCCAGCUUUCGUGACGGCGAGUGGCCUUGUGUAGAGCAGCUACUGAAAAAAGGCUCGUUGGACCUGUCAGCUUCCUAUCCUAGGGAGUCUGAUAAGAACGAGUCGGACUCUGAGGACGGUGCGUAUGUACCAGUGUCAGAUGAUAGCGAGAGCGAAGAUGAUUUGGCGUCGGAGGUCGAGACGGAGAGCGAUAUCUCAAAGGAAGAUUGGGCUGAAUUGCUCUCCGGAAGUACUGGCUUUUAA